CCGCCUAGUAGGACGGGCAAGGAGAGAGCCGAGGCGGAGCUGAUGGCUGCGCUGAAGGCGGGGCGGGGUGCAGGCAGGAUCCUUCGGGCUUGGAGGGCUUUGGGGGGCAUCUUCUGGGGGAAGGGUCCCCUGUUAACCCCUGACCUCCGGGUUCUGAUGACGUCAGGAACUCCUGACCCUCAGGCCCGGAUGACUUAUGGGACCCCCAGUCUCCCGGCCCGGGUGCCUGUAGGGGUCCCUGCAUCACGGGCACGUCUGAUGCCUGGGACCCCGGAUCUCUGGGCACGACUGACUGUGGGAACUCCAGACUCCGGUGCCCAGGAGGCCUACAGGAGCUCUGGAGCCCGUCGGCGCGAAUGGCUGGCGGUGGCGGUGGGCGCAGGGGGAGCAAUAUUGCUGCUGUUGUGGGGCUGGGGGCGGGGCCUUCCCGCGGUGCUGGCUGCUGUUCCGGCUCCCCCACCCAAGUCUCCCCGGAGCCAGUACAAUUUCAUCGCAGAUGUGGUGGAGAAGACAGCCCCUGCUGUGGUCUAUAUCGAAAUCCUGGACCGGCACCCUUUCUCAGGCCGUGAAGUCCCCAUCUCAAACGGUUCAGGAUUCGUAGUGGCUUCCGAUGGGCUCAUCGUUACCAACGCCCACGUGGUGGCUGAUCGGCGCCGAGUGCGAGUGAGGCUGCCUAGCGGAGACACUUAUGAGGCCAUGGUCACAGCUGUGGAUCCUGUGGCAGACAUUGCCACGUUGAGGAUUCAAACCAAGGAGCCUCUUCCCACACUGCCCCUCGGCCGCUCUGCUGACGUCCGGCAAGGGGAGUUUGUCGUUGCCAUGGGAAGUCCCUUUGCACUGCAGAACACGAUCACAUCUGGCAUUGUCAGCUCUGCUCAGCGUCCAGCCAGGGAUCUGGGACUUCCUCAAAACAACGUGGAAUACAUUCAGACUGAUGCAGCUAUUGAUUUUGGAAAUUCUGGAGGCCCCCUGGUUAACCUGGAUGGGGAGGUGAUUGGAGUGAACACCAUGAAGGUGACAGCUGGAAUCUCCUUUGCCAUCCCUUCUGAUCGCCUUAGGGAGUUUCUGCACCGCGGGGAAAAGAAAAAUUCCUGGUUUGGAAUCAGUGGGUCCCAGCGCCGCUACAUUGGAGUGAUGAUGCUGACUCUGACUCCCAGAUUGACUGCAUCGUGUUAUUGCUUCGCUGCUGUGAUUCAUGGAGCUAGCAUUGACGGACCAUUUCCACUUAUCUCUUCUUCAGAACCACUUUGAUUUUCUGCUCCUAUUUGUUUGUUUGGUUUUUGUUUUUCAAGAUGGGGUUUCUCUGUGUUGCCUUAGCUGUCCUGAAACUUGCUCUGUAGACCAGGCUGGCCUCAAACUCAGAGAUCUGCCUACUGUGCCUCCCUAAUGCUGGGAUUAAAGGCGUGUACUACCACUGCCUGGCUCAUUUCUGUGUCUUAAUACCUUCUUAUUUCAUAUGAUGGGUUAAUAGGACCCAUCCUUUUAGGCUCAGCUUAGGUUCUGCCCUUCCUAAAGGUGGAAUUCCAGAAUGACGCAAGUGCAGUUGGCUUAACCCUGCAUGUCAUUUGGAAUCAACACACUUCCACGUGUAUCCCACUUCCUAAACACUGGAUAACGAAAAGUGACCUGCCGAGAUGAGAGAGGGCCUGGGUGCAGCUAACAGGGCGGUCUGUACCCUUCCAGCAUCCUGGCUGAGCUACAG